AUGUCUAUGUACACCUCUCUGCUAGUUGAUAUUAAUUCCCUUUCUUAUACUCUCUCUCUCACUACCACUCACUUAUUCACUCUCCCUCGCUCACUCAUUCACUCACUCACUCACUCUUUUUGUUUACAAAACGUAUUCUCUUUCUUCUCCUGUACCUCCCUCUCUCUCUCUCUCUCUCUUUCUCUUCUUUUUUCUUUCUUUUUCUUUCUAUCUCUCUCUAUAUCAUUCUCUGAAAUUCUGUCAAUAGAGUUUCUUAGUCAACUCCUCUCUCUCUUGAUUUUGUUAAUCUCUCUAUUCCCUCUCUAUUUCUCUCUCUGUCUCUGUAUCUCUCGCUCUCUCUCUAUCUCUCUCUUCCUCUCCCUUUUGCUCGUCCACUUCUUACUUAAUAUUAAUUCCCUUUCUCAUACUCUCUCGCUUACUUCCACUCACUCAUUAAUUCACUCACUCGCUCACUUAUUCACUCACUUACUCUUUUUGUUUACAACGCUCUUAGAAUCUGUCUAUUUUGUCUCCAUAACCUCUUGUUGGUCACUCUUUAUCCCCCCUCUCUCUAUCUCUCUCUCUCUAUCUCUCUCUCUUUUUCUUUUUUUCUUUCUUUUUUUCUCAUAUCUCUCUGAAAUUCUGUCAAUAGAGUUUCUUAUUCUCUCUCUUGAUUUUGUUAAUCUUAUUCCCUCUUUUUUCUCUCUCUGUUUGUAUCUCUCGCUCUCUCUCUAUCUCUCUCUUCCUCUCCCCCUUUGCUCUCCACUUCUUAGAAUUUUUCCCUAUUUUAAUCUGUCUCUUUGUCUCCAUAACCUCUUGUUGGUCACUCUUUAUCCCCCCUCUCUCUAUCUCUCUCUCUAUCUCUCUAUCUAUCUAUCUAUCUAUCUAUCUCUUUAUAUAUAUUUCAUCAAGGGUAACACAACUUUUCAUGCAUAA